AUGUCUGAGCCAGUCCAACUUCCUACCGAUUCUAACGUUCCUAUGGAUAUUGAGGAAGAAAAAAUAGAAUUAGAAGACAAUGAGCCGAAGGAUGAAGCUAAAGAGUUUUUACUGAGUCAAUUACCUUCUGUAGAAAUUCCUGAAUGGGCUCAGUGGUUUGAUUUCAGUAAUAUACAUGAGAUUGAGAGAAACAGCAACCCCGAGUUCUUUGACAAUAAGAAUUCUUCUAAAACUCCUCAAGUUUACAAAGAGUAUCGUGAUUUCAUGAUUUGCGCUUUUCGACUAAAUCCGAAAGCCUACCUGACAUUUACUGCUUGUAGACGUAAUUUAGCAGGCGAUGUUUGUGCUGUUUUACGUGUCCAUCGAUUCUUGGAACAAUGGGGACUUAUAAACUAUAAUGUAGACCCUUCUACACGACCCUCAAAAAUUGUCCCGCCUUCUACAAGCCAUUUUCAAGUUUUGGCUGAUACUCCGAGAGGAUUGGCACCUCUUGUCCCUCCCCCUCCUUCCUCUAUUCCUCGUACUCAACCAUAUAAUCUACAACCUUCUAUUCUCCGCAAAAAUAUCUAUGACUCUGAGGUUGAGGAGACUUUGAAGGGCAAUGCUCCACGACCGUCUCCGGCUGCCAUGGAAAAUCAAAACAUUGAAAAAAAAGAAGCACCAGCUCCUACUCAUUGCUAUUCUUGCAGUUGCAUUCUUAGCGGCACUUACUAUACUAGCGAUUCCGACCCUCCUCAUUCAAUUUGUUCGGUUUGCUACGACCAAGAAAGAUUUCCUCCACCAAAAACACCUCAUAAUUAUAGAAAAAUUGAUCCUUUUUCGAAAAAGGAUAAUACGCAUUGGACCUCACAAGAAAUGAACCUUUUAUAUGAAGGCCUUGAUAUGUUCCCAGAGGACUGGUCCGAAAUUUCCAGGCAUGUUGGCACCAAAACGAUAGAGCAAUGUAUAUUGAAAUUUCUAAAUCUUCCUUCUACAGAUAGGGAGCUUUUUCAAUCUUCCUCUACCCCAUAUCCCGGAGUGCGUCCUUUACAAGACAAAAGUCCGGUUUUGUCUGUCGUGACAUUACUAUCAAAAUUGGUGACGCCGUCUUCACUCAAAAACUUAAAUUCAGUUAAUGCUGGAAACAAUUCAACUAAAGAAGUUGAAAGUCGUACUCCAUCACAUAUCAAAGAUGAAAGUAUGGAUAUUGACAAUGCCAGCUAUGAUAUAUCUGAAGAUUAUCUUUCUGACGAGGAAAAACGAAUGUCAACUACUAUGAAAGAGGCUAUGGACACCCAAUUGAAGUUGAUUGAUUCCAAGCUUUCCCAUUUUGAUUAUUUAGAUCAACAUGUACGACUUAAGUCUCAAGAAUUGGAUUUAUUUGCCCAAGAAACUUAUAAAGAAAAACUCUAUAUGAAAAGAGAAUGCAUUGCAGCCAAAAAGAAAAUUGAGCAGCGCUUACAGUCAAAGGAUUCCUCUAGUAAUGUCUCACCUUUUCAGUCGUCUACUGCCACCCCAACGUUACUUUCUAUGCAGUCCUCUUCAGGUAUGAACCUGUAA